AUGGAUACAUAUGGAAUUCAGAGAUAUAGAUGGAAUGGAAAAGAAAAUAAAAAAAUAGAAAAGAAAAGAGAAAAGAAAAUAGAAAAUAAAAUAGAAAAUAAAAUAGAAAAUAAAAUAGAAAAUAAAAUAGAAAAGAAAAUAGAAAAGAAAAUAGAAAAGAAAAUAGAAAAGAAAAUAGAAAAUAAAAUAGAAAAGAAAAUAGAAAAGAAAAUAGAAAAGAAAAUAGAAAAGAAAAUAGAAAAGAAAAUAGAAAAGAAAAUAGAAAAGAAAAUAGAAAAGAAAAUAGAAAAGAAAGUAGAAAAGAAAAUAGAAAAGAAAAUAGAAAAGAAAAUAGAAAAGAAAAUAGAAAAGAAAAUAGAAAAGAAAAUAGAAAAGAAAAUAGAAAAGAAAAUAGAAAAGAAAAUAGAAAAGAAAAUAGAAAAGAAAAUAGAAAAGAAAAUAGAAAAGAAAAUAGAAAAGAAAAUAGAAAAGAAAAUAGAAAAGAAAAUAGAAAAGAAAAUAGAAAAGAAAAUAGAAAAGAAAAUAGAAAAGAAAAUAGAAAAGAAAAUAGAAAAGAAAAUAGAAAAGAAAAUAGAAAAGAAAAUAGAAAAGAAAAUAGAAAAGAAAAUAGAAAAGAAAAUAGAAAAGAAAAUAGAAAAGAAAAUAGAAAAGAAAAUAGAAAAGAAAAUAGAAAAGAAAAUAGAAAAGAAAAUAGAAAAAAAAAUAGAAAAGAAAAUAGAAAAGAAAAUAGAAAAGAAAAUAGAAAAGAAAAUAGAAAAGAAAAUAGAAAAGAAAAUAGAAAAGAAAAUAGAAAAGAAAAUAGAAAAGAAAAUAGAAAAGAAAAUAGAAAAGAAAAUAGAAAAGAAAAUAGAAAAGAAAAUAGAAAAGAAAAUAGAAAAGAAAAUAGAAAAGAAAAUAGAAAAGAAAAUAGAAAAGAAAAUAGAAAAGAAAAUAGAAAAGAAAAUAGAAAAGAAAAUAGAAAAGAAAAUAGAAAAGAAAAUAGAAAAGAAAAUAGAAAAGAAAAUAGAAAAGAAAAUAGAAAAGAAAAUAGAAAAGAAAAUAGAAAAGAAAAUAGAAAAGAAAAUAGAAAAGAAAAUAGAAAAGAAAAUAGAAAAGAAAAUAGAAAAGAAAAUAGAAAAGAAAAUAGAAAAGAAAAUAGAAAAGAAAAUAGAAAAGAAAAUAGAAAAGAAAAUAGAAAUUGUAAAAGUAGAAGAUAGAAGAUAA